AUGUCCAUCAAUAUGCAAGAGGCAGCCACACUCCACGAGGCUCCGGGUGGGCACCGCCACGCGGACCACGGGCGCCGCGGCCUGGUUCCCAGGGUUCCGCGCCACGCUCCGGAAAGGCGCCCGCUGGGCACCGACGGACCGAACCCCUCUGAGGUCAGCGGCACCCAGAUCCCUGUCGUACCCACCCUUGCCCCGCCACGCCCCAGUGUGACAGACCGGACUCGCGACCCUCCCUUAGGACAAGGCCGGGCGGGGCGGGGAGCUGCAGCCGAACGAGGCCGAGCGUCGCGGUCCCUAAAACCGGACUCCACCCGGCCCAGGCCGCAGAGACACGCCUGGUUAGCCCGAGCUGCCCGGAGCCCACGCCCGCACGUCCACACGCCCGCGGCCUUACCUUUUCGCAGCGUCCGCCCGACACGCGGGCGGCCCGGGCUCCGCCGCGUUCCGCCUCUCGGAGGGUCUCGGGUCGGUGUCGGCGGACCUCGGCCUUUCGGAGGGUCUCGGGCCGGCGUCGGCGGGCCUCGGCUUCUCGGUUGGUCUCGGGUGGCGUCGGCGGGCCUCGGCCGCUCCGCAGGUCUCCGCGGCUCUUCAGCGAGUGGGCGGAGACUCGGCCCGCCUGUCCCUCAGGAAGCCGCCCCGCCCCGCCCCCGCCGCGAAGCUCUUUCUCCCCGGCUGCCCGGCUUUUCUCUCCCUCCGGAAACGCAUUCCUCCGCGCCGCGUCAGCCGCGCCUGAAAAGGAGGGGGAGGCGGCAGGAAGAAGGAAGGUGGGGCAGGGUGCAGACAAAGGAGCUCGGUCGUUCGGCCCUUUCUGCCUGGGGUACGGCGCUGAACCAAACCGAGGGCGCCGGCCGCCCGGCGGGAAAGCACAGCCGCAGUCUGUGUCCCGUCCCUGGGAUCCCGAGCCAGACCUCUCUGUGGGCUGAGGGGCAAGAAGAAUGGGGUGUUCUGCAGGCAACCCUCGGACCCGCCCCGUCACCCUAAGAUUGCAGACUCCCGCUCCACCCUUACUGUGCCACCCUGCGCUCCUGGGCGCCUCAUUUGCUCAGUUUUCUAUCUGGGUGGCCAAGCACAAAAAGGAAAAAUGUUAUGUUUGCGCAUUUGUUUUCUCUUUUCUGGAAAAAGAAUUGAAAAGUAGCCAGUCUCAAAAUCUAAAUGAGAAGCUUGAAACUUGGACUUGCCUUGUCAUACUGAAAGCUGUGGGACAGCAGGUGCCAUCAGCUUACCCGAAUAGUGUGGGCUGCCAGGAGGAGCAGGGCGCCCAGCCGUAAAGACAGCUUUCAUUGCCGGGUUUAUGAAUCCGAGACAUAGUGUUUCUGUUCUGGAAGAGUAAAACUGGGAUGCAAAAAAAAAAAAAAAAAAAAAGAUUAAUCACUAUGGAAAAGUUAUAUGUUGCCCAUGAGCAAAUCAAAUGUAUUGUUUAACUAAAAUUUUAAUAAAUGAGCAUCGUUUUUCUAAUUAGUAAAUGACCGAACUUAAGAGGCUACGUCUGCAUCAGCAGCCCAGCGGCAAAACUCAGUGAUGUUCGUUGCCUUUAAAGGUAUUGAUCUUACCACUUUAAGUGAGUUAAACCAUUAGCCCUGUCUCUGCACAAGAAACAGCUUUAUAAACAUACUCUAUCCAUGCUUGGCCUGAACUGUGUGAGCUUUUAUUCGUGUGACUUGAGGAGGAAACAAUCUACCACAAGAUUGAGACACACAAUAGUGUUUGCGCUGCUCUCCCAGGACUCAACCUAAGCUGACAGAGGAAUACCAAUUUACAUGUACAAGUCAUGAACUUUGAAGAAAAUAGAAAUUAAUAAGUUCCAUAAUUGCU